GGGGGGGGGGGGAAGACCCUGUGUGUGCACCAGGGAGGGAGGAAAGGCUAAAGCUGGAGUGUGCAAGAAAGAGAAAUCUGUGCGUGCAACAGGAGUUGUGAAGAAACUGUCCAGCCCUCCUUUGGUGGGACACUGAGCAUUUCCGUGCCGGACAUCCCUUCCAAGAAACAGGUGAAUUAAAGAACUCGUGUGGCCACCCAGGAAGGAGAUGGUCAGCCGGGAGGGUGCCCACUCGACGUAGCCCCUUCCGCCGCUGCAGCCACCCCUCCUCCAGGCUGCAGCCAGAGACCUUGCGGACAGGGUACCCAGCCUGGAGUGAGCCCACCUGGGGUGUCCCCAGCGUCCAGCCAAGCUGGCCCCAUGGCAGCAGAGGUCCGACUGAAGAAACUGGAGGAGCUGGUGCUUGACCGCAACGCGGUGGGCUUGGAGACGUUGGUGGACCUCCUGUUCUGCGUGCAUCAUGAGCUGAGCACUUCGCCCCUGGCCCAGGAGAAAUACAUCACGGAGUUCCUGCAGUGGGCGGAGCCGGUCACUUCCAGACUAAAACAGCUCCGUCUGCAGCGAGAUGACUUUGAGAUCCUAAAAGUGAUCGGCCGAGGAGCUUUGAGCGAGGUGGCGGUGGUGAAGCAGAAGAGGACCUCCCAGGUGUAUGCCAUGAAAAUAAUGAACAAAUGGGACAUGUUGAAACGGGGAGAGGUUUCCUGCUUCAGGGAGGAGAGGGACGUCCUGGUGAACGGAGACAAGCGUUGGAUCACGCAGCUGCAUUUUGCCUUCCAGGAUGAGAAUUACCUGUACCUGGUGAUGGACUACUAUGUUGGGGGUGACCUCCUGACCCUGCUGAGCAAAUUUGGUGACCGCAUCCCGCUGGAGAUGGCCCGGUUCUACUUGGCUGAGAUGGUGAUGGCCAUCGACUCCAUCCACAGCAUGGGCUACGUGCACAGGGACAUCAAACCCGACAACAUCCUUCUCGAUCGGUGUGGGCACAUCCGGCUGGCGGAUUUCGGAUCCUGUCUCAAGCUUCGAGAAGACGGGACGGUCUGUUCCACAGUGGCAGUGGGCACCCCAGAUUACCUCUCCCCGGAGAUCUUGCGAGCAGUGGAAGAUGGGCUUCAUUCCUACGGCACAGAAUGCGACUGGUGGUCUCUGGGCAUUUUUGCCUACGAGAUGUUCUUUGGGCACACCCCCUUCUUUGCCGACUCCGUUGUGGAGACCUACGGCAAGAUUCUGCACUUCAAGGAGCAUUUCCGCUUCCCCGUCUCGGCCCCAGAGAUCCCCCCGGAAGCCCAGGCUUUAAUCGAAGGGCUGAUCUGUCCUCGGGAGACACGCCUGGGACGCCACGGAGUUCAGGACUUCAAGGAGCACCCGUUCUUCGUCGGCAUCGACUGGCAGGGCCUGCGGGACUGCAGCCCGUCCUUCGUGCCCGAGUUUGCCAACGCCACCGACACUUGCAACUUUGACGUGGUGGACGACUGUCUCACCGACAUGGUGAGAGGGGGAGGGGAGACCCUGUGGGACGUCAUCGAGACCUCUCCCCUCGGAGUGCAGCUGCCCUUCGUGGGGUACUCCUACACUUACACGGCUGAGAAACAGAAAGACCCCAAGGAAAGAGACCCCGGUCCCAUCGCCAUGGAUGUGGACCCUGCUGGGAAGAGGCCGUCGGAAGAAGCCCAGGAAAGGCCUCCAGAGGAGCUGGCCUGUAAGCUGCCCGAUGGGCAGAAGCUGGACCAGUCCAUGUUUCUCGAACUGCAGGCAGCCUUCGAGGAGGAACUGAAGAGCCGGGAGAUGUUGUGUCAAGAGCUCAGCAUGGUCAAGGUAGCCAACCAGACAUUUGCCAGCCAGCUAAAGGAUGCCGAGAACCGAAAUGUGGAACUGGAAGCUCAGAUCCAACGCUUGAAAGAGCAGAUCGAAGACAUGAAAGCAGCAACUGAGGAGGCUGCUUUAGGCUGGAGCCCACCCUGGCCCCCCAACCUCAGCCAGCCUUUCUUGCACUGCGUGGAACGGCCAGCCCAUCAAAGCGGCACCGUGGCAUCCCGGCUCUGUGAAUACCCGCUUGUGGUACCUCUGUACCGGCACUUGCUGCUCUUUUCGAGGGUACGUAGGCCCUGCAUCGUCCACGUGGGAUACCUGCUCUUGUGCACCGGUGGGCACGGAUUGGAGGCCUCCAACCGGGGCCGAGCGGAAAGAGUUUGAACCCUGGUUGGGGCAAGGAAGAGUUGGGCACACUGGCCACUUGCAGCUGCCUUAGCAAGCCUAGAAACGGGGACAAACCCCUUUGGAGGAGGACUGGCUUGGGCCAAGACGGUGAUGCCACAUCCCGGACAUCCAGCCACCUCUCUGGUUCUCUCCCGGGCGCUUCCUUUGCCUCGAGACCACCGACCCCACUGAGAAAGCCAGGGGAAGCAGCAGGAGCUGAAGAUGCAAUCCAGGGAUCCUGCUUUUCUCAGCACCUUUGCACUCUCUCUACAGACUGCCCCCUAUAGAAACCCCACCCCCAAAAUCUUGGAUGGCACUUUGCGCUGGAAACGCACAUCGUCCCCCAAAGGGGCUCCUCCCAAGUGUCGAGAUGAAGCCUCUGUGCCGAAAAUGCUUCGCCCAGGACGCUGCCAAGAAUUUUGAGAUCCUUCCCGUGACUUUUGCCGUCCCGGUCACAAGGGCCGUUUCUGCACCUGAUGCCCCUUUGGGAGAUGAGGGUCGGAAGGGCCCGGUCGGUGGCAGGAGAAAGGCAUCCCCAUCCCGCCUUCCUUGGUGACCCGUGAGAAGCGACAACUUCCCAACGAGGAGGAAGGGGACGGGGUCCAUCCCCGGUGAGCUGGCAGAGCCCGACUCUGAAGAAUUAGCCAAACGGUGCACUCGGCCAGCUGCAAUCUGUGCCUUCCGGUUGCGCUUCGAAGGCCACCAACCCCCCACCCCCACUAAGGCCUUCUGGUGCCCAUGGACUCCGCAGGGGGAUGCUCGUUUCAAACUGCCAGACACUCUUUUUAUCUGCACUUCUCCACGUUUGAAAGCAGCCGGCAACCUCCGCUCUGUACCCCUCCACGGUUCAACCCACCCACCCCGCUUUCUAAGUUAUUUCGAAUGGUGAGGGGGACGUGGCAGCCCUUCCUGCCUCAAAGCGGGAGACCCAAGUCUCUAGUCCCUAUGUUUGGAAGAGUGUAUGCAUGUUUAUAUAAAACAAAAGUGCAUGGAAGCAAAACCGAGCUUGUCGGGGGAGGGGAGGGGGGCAUACUGCUAGCUUUAGGGUUUUUCACUUAAGCCCCUCCGGGUGCCCCUCGCCUUCCACGCCCCCAAUAUUUAUUAUCCCUCCUUUGUGUAACUCCGUGCAUUGGCUGCGCACGCGGGGGCGCCCUGUACGCUCUGGAGUUGAAGGAGGGAGGGAGGGUCUCUUGGUUUUCCAGUAGGAAUAAAGUCGGAUUAUUUCCUGGUC